CGGAAUUAAAGCAAAAAAAUAUCGCCGCUGGUUUCCUCUGUGGGAUGUUUGAUUUAUAAACCAACAUAAGGGCCAGAAAAUGGCCAUUUGAAGAUCAUACUGCCAGUGAGAUGUCAUCAACAACUGAUCAGAAGGAAUACUUGAAGAAGUACUUGGGAACUGGCAAGAAGAAGAAGAAAGUAAAGGUCCCAAAAGGAAAGGGGACCCGCAUCGUGGAUGAUGACGCUCCAGCCCCAGCCGUCGCCGCCGACAAUGCCGACGACGGCCUGCUGGACGCGCCGGACGAGCGCCCUCAGGUGGCGGCCGUGACUUCGGACGCGCCGCCGCCGGGCGCCGACAAGCGCUGGAAGACGCUCGACGAGUGCGACCUCGAGGAGCUCGAGUCGCAGCGCGAGAUCCUCAGCGAGAGCCUCAAGAUGCUCGAGGAGGAAGACGUGCCUCGUCGCAAGCUGCUGGCGGGCGACGAGCCGCCGGGAGCCGCGGCGACCGGCCGGCACGACUCGGACAGCUCGACGCGGCGCGCCAGCUCGCCGGCCGGGCGCGCCGACUCAGACGCCAGUCCUCCGCGGCGCGGCGCCGGCCGCCGAGACUCCGAAGAGCCCUCGCCGACGAAGCGGCCGCGGCGGCGCGCCGACUCGGACGGGAGUCCGCCGCGCAGGCGGCCUGCCGGCGGCGGCAAGGCUCGCGCCGAUUCCGACGAGAGCCCGCCGCGGAGAAAGAACGGCGGCAAGGCUCGAGCUGACUCCGACGAAAGCCCGCCGCGGAGGAAGACCGGCGGCAAGACUCGCGCUGACUCUGACGAAAGCCCGCCGCGACGCGGCGGCGCGCGGACAGACUCGGCCAGCAAGGCCGAGUCUCCGGCGCCACCGUCGCGCACGCAGGACGGGAAGCGGGCCGGCCUGCAGGACGUGACGGCGCUGCGGGAGGAGAACCGCGCCGCCCGCCGCCGAGAGCAGAAGACUAUGGCCGAGAUGGACUCGUCGCUCUCAGGACGCAACGCAGAAACUAAGAUCCGCGGUCGAAAAUUGCAAGAAAACAAAGAAAAGGCCGCCAAGAAAGCUGAGGAGGAGGAGAAGGCCAAGGAAAGAAAGAAGAAAUAUGAUGCCUGGGGCAAAGGCCUGAAGCAGGCCGAGGAGCGGCGCGCGCGGGUGGAGGACCAUCUGCGCGAGGCCAACAAGCCGCUGGCGCGCCACGCCGACGACGCCGACCUGGAGGCAGAGCUGCGCGGACGCCAGCGCAAGGACGACCCCAUGGCCGACUACAUGCAGCGCAAGAAGGCCAAGGUGGACGGGCCCGUCAAGGCUCGGCCGCGGUACAACAAGACGGAGCCGCCGCCGAACCGCUACAACAUCUGGCCGGGCUACCGCUGGGACGGCGUCGACCGCUCCAGCGGCUUCGAGAAGGCGCUCUUCCUGCGCCGCAACGCCAAGAAGGCGGUCGAGCUCGAGGCGUACAAGUGGAGCACCGAGGACAUGUGAGCCGGCCGUCGCGCGGACGCUCUCGUACCUGGCCGUCGCACGGUCGCGUCCUGUACGUCGCGCGGCGCACCUGGCUGUCGCAUCGGACCGCUGCGUCGCGCCGAACUGUCGCACAGCUGCGGCCGUGUCGGACCACCGUGUAGGGACGGUCGAACAGCUGGUGCAGGCGGGCAGCCGGCGGUCCCAGAUCAGCUGAGACACCCGAACUCAGCCACCGUUGUACAACGCGCGGGUGCGGUGCUGCCGACACGAACGCCAUCUAUCGGCGCUGGAUUCGGGCGUGUUACGUUGGCCGCAGAGGGCGCGCCGGUCGGCGGCCAGUGGCAAGCGCCCCGGUUGUUGUCAGGGGACGCGCUUCACCUGAUGUCGUGGGGAGGAGGCAGGCGUACCUGUCGCCAAGUGUUCGUGGAACCUCGCCGGUGUAUGCUGGCGGGGGUGUGGGUGGCGAUGUCCAUUUUGAAGGCGUGGCUCAUUCAGGGCGUCGUGGUCGUUGAUUUUUUAAUAUACCCAUCUGUGUGCCGACCGACACAUCCGACAGCUGAACAUAAGGGUCUCUGCUCAGUAUGGUAAGGGUAGCGGUGCUGAUGUGCUCUCGCCUGCGUCAUUUUGCAGGCGUGUGCAAGCUGGCGUUCUUGUGCGGCGCUGACGCCAGAUGGGCCCAUCGGAGUGCCUCACGUCCGUUUUGCGCGCAAAUUCCGCGGGCAACAGUCUGCGCUCCUGCGGAAACGACAUUCUGUCGUGAUCUCGGACACACGGGCGGGCACAGUGCGGAAAGCUGGAGACCGACGGCGGUGCGAUGCUACGUUUUGACGAUUGCUGCACUGUGCAAUAAAUCGGGCUG